UAGUGAAUCCAUUUUGCGAAGAAGCAAGGAGGCGAAAGGGAGCUGUGGGAGCGGACAUAGGCCGGAUGGUUAAAUCCAACCUACAGACGAUCCUGAAUAGCCACUGUUUUGUAAGAGAAAAGGAAAGAAACAUACCCAAAAUGCCAGUUAUCGACAUGACCAGUAACAUGCCCGAAAGUAAAAGGGAAUGUCGGUGUUCCCGUUCCAGUAGUAACCUGUGUCCAGGGCCUCUGUGGUGCUCCGAUGCCCCUCUCCCACCCCUGAAGAUCCCAGGUGGGCGAGGGAAUGACCAGAGGGAUCGCAAUCUUUCAGCUAAACUCUUCUACUCGGACGCUCGCUUGCUGGUUCUGGAGGAGCCGCAGGCCUCCGCGGGGCGGGUACGCUUCCUGCACUUUGAGCCCCGCAGGGCCGAGGGCAAGCCCUGCUCCUGGAGGGGGGCGCUGAAGGGGGGGAACCUGUACAUCGAAAUUCCCCCCGGAGCCCUGCCCGAAGGCAGCAAGGACGGAUUCGCUCUCCUGCUGGAGUUUGCAGAGGAGCAGCUGCAGGUGGACCACGUCUUCAUCUGCUUCCACAAGAACCGUGACGACCGAGCGUCACUGCUGCGGACUUUCAGCUUCCUGGGCUUUGAGAUUGUGAGACCAGGCCAUCCCCUCGCCCCCCCUCGCCCUGACGCGUUCUUCAUGGCCUACACCAUCGAGAGGGACUCUUCUGACGACGAAUAAGCGCUGACGGACAGCUGAUGAAGACACGCCCCCGCAGCCCUCCUCUCUUUUCAGUUCCUGUAUAAAUCUCGGCGUUGUGGUGAAUGUGCGCGUGUUCUUUCUUUCUCUCCCUCUCUCUCUUUCUCCCGCUCUCGUGUACGAACGUUUUUAAGAAACCGUCGCAUUCCUACGCCGCCAUCUGCACUUGGUGUAAACUGAGAACAGCAAGGAACACAAGAGCCUCAGUGCUGGGUGAUGAGAAAUAUGAAAAGAAUAAAUGGAGAUUACAUUUUUUUGUUUCCUUUAGAUUCACCAGUGUCCUCAAUACAACACCUACUGAUCAUCCCUAGGAUGUAAUAUUUAUGGGCAAAGUGUCCCAUACAGAAUUAAGUGUAAUUAGUUUUUCCAUUUUCAUGGCUUUGUUUUUUUUUUUGUUUUUUUUUCCCUCUUCAUUGUUUGUAUUGAUUUUAUAUGUGCAUGAUUCUGGAUUUUUAGACCUGUUUCGUUUCACUGGACUGAAAUCUGCAUGUUGUAACAGUGCGCAAAAUAAAACUGCUCACCUUAA